AUGGCCGGCGCUGUCGCGCUGCACGGCCCCGCCCAUGCGGCGCCGUUGCGAGCCACCGCCGCCCGCUGCGGCUGCAGGUCCCGGGCGCCCGCGCGCCGCUCGGUCGCGGUGCUCGCAGUGGACCCGAAGUACAAGAUGGUGGAGGCGUUCGCGCCCGCGACGGUCGCGAACCUGGGCCCAGGCUACGACUGGCUCGGCUGCGCGGUGCAGGGCCAGGGCGACUUCGUGACGGCGCGUGUGGUGCCGGACAAGCCGGGGGAGCUCUUCAUCGAGGCCAUCGAGGGCGACGGGGGCCGCCUGAGCAAGGACGUGGACGCGAAUUGCGCCGGCAUUGCUGCCCGGGAGUGCCUGAAGCUCAUGGGCGGCGCGUCCUGCGGCGUCGCGCUCACCGUGAAGAAGGGCAUGCCGCUCGGCUCCGGCCUCGGGUCCUCCGCCGCGUCCGCCGCCGCAGGCGCGCAGGCCGUGAACGCGCUGUUCGGGGACCCGCUGACGCGCGACCAGCUUGUGUACGCGGGGCUACAGAGCGAGGCGACGGUGUCCGGGUACCACGCGGACAACAUCGCGCCGGCCGUCUGGGGCGGCUUCGUGCUCGUCCGGUCCGCAGACCCGCUGGAGCUUGUGGAGCUGCCGUACGGGUCCCAGGAGCUGUGCUUCGUGCUGGUGAACCCGAAGUACGAGUGUCCGACGGCGGAGAUGCGCGCCGCGCUCGGGGACACGGUGCCGCAGAAGGACUGGAUCGCGAACUCGUCCGCGGGCGGCAUGCUGGUGGCGGGCAUCUUGAAGGGCGAUGCGAUGAUGAUAGGGGAGGCGCUGGACUCGGACGUCGUCGUCGAGCCCGUGCGGGGGAACUUCAUUCCGGGCUUCUUCGCGGUGAAGAAGGCCGCCAAGGCGGCGGGGGCGUACGGGUGCACGAUUUCCGGCGCGGGCCCGACGUGCGUGGCGGUGGUGCCCAACGAGCAGGUCGCGGAGGAGGUGCGCGACGCGAUGUGCGCGGCGUUCGUCAACGAGGGGGGUCUGGAAGUCAACAUUGCGCUGAUCACGAAAUUGGACUCCGAGGGCGCUGUCACGCGCGUGGCGUCGUGA